UUAUAUGUUGUAUGUGAGGGACUACGGAUGGAAAUGAGCUCAGAGCUCAAAUCCGGCAUGUUUACACUUGAAGCAUCCUUUGUCCUAAGUGCUCAUCAAAGUGCACGGUCCCUGUUCAAAUAAACGAUUACAUGAAAUGAAAAACAAUUUCUGAAUAAUUUAGUGAUACUUUGAAAAAAGAAGGAUGGGAUAUUUUCAGAAUAAGGCGAAACAUUUUAGGGAUAAAGUUGUGAUAUUUCAACAAUAAAAUCACAUUAUUAUUUAACUGCAAAUAUUAUCCAAAAAUAAAGUUCUACAUCUUUAACGAUAAAGUCUUUACAGGUAAAUAAGUGAAGUUGAAACAGUUUGAGGAAAGUGUUUUGACAUUUCAACAACAAAUUAAUAAUAUCUUUGGUUUUGAGUUGAAAUUUAAAAAAUAAAUGUGUCAUAUCGAUAAUGUUUAUUCUUCUACUGGAGGUUAGCAGUGAACCUGGAGAAAUACCUCGUGCACGCUCUCAUGAAACAGCUGAGACCUGAGGCCUGAGGCCUGAGACCUGAGGCCAGAGGCCUGUACCACGAAGCCGGACUUUCGCUUCGUGAGCUAACUUCAGGGAAAACUCUGGGUUUCCGGUCCUACGACGCUGGAUACGAUGCGAUGCAUUGCCUUUGCGACAGCGGAUCAAUACCACCUGCCGACGCUCUGCCACGACCUGAUCAGCCACGGCUUCACGGAGAUCAAUCUGCCUCGAGAUGCCUCCAACGCUCUGGCGAUCAGCACGGACAUGGCGGCCAAACCAGGCGACAACGCUCUGAUGUUCCUCUUCAGGGAAGGCUCCGUGGUUUUCUGGAACGUCGAGGAGAAAACGAUGAAGAGAGUUCUGAGGAUCCUGGAGCGUCAUGAGAUCCAGCCCUACGAGGUGGCCUUAGUGCACUGGGAGAACGAGGAGAUCAACUACACCGUGGGGCACAGUGGGAACACGAAGCUGGAGCGAGGUGACUUCAUGCUGAGCGACAUGAUCGACCAAUCAGAAGCCGUGCUGGAGAAGUUUGCCUUCUCUAACGCUCUGUGUUUGUCAGUGAAGCUGGCCAUCUGGGAGGAUUCUCUGGAUAACUUUGUGGAGUCGAUCCAGUCCAUCCCGGAGACGCUGAAGUCCGGCCGGAGGGUGAAGCUCUCCUCCGCCGAGGUCAUGAAGAAGAUAGGAGAGCUUUUCACUCUGAGACACUGUAUCAACCUGAGGUCAGACCUGCUGCUCACUCCAGAUUUCUACUGGGACCGAGAGAACCUGGAGAAGCUCUACGACAAAACCUGCCAGUUCCUUAACAUCAACCGCAGGGUCAACGUGGUGAACCAGAAGCUGGAGCACUGCUCUCAGCUGACCGACCUGAUGAGGAGUCACCUGAGUGAGAAACACAGUCUGAGGCUGGAGUGGAUGAUCAUCAUCCUCAUCACCAUCGAGGUAUUGUUCGAAGUUUCAAAAAUGAUCUUCUGAGCUGCUCCGGAUCUGAGGAGGAUCAUCUGAGGAGAAUCAUCUGAGGAGAAUCAUCUGAGGAGAAUCAUCUGAGGAGAACCAUCUGAGGAGAAUCAUCUGAGGAGGAUCAUCUGAGGAGAACCAUCUGAGGAGAACCAUCUGAGGAGGAUCAUCUGAGGAGGAUCAUCUGAGGAGAAUCAUCUGAGGAGAAUCAUCUGAGGAGAAUCAUCUGAGGAGAACCAUCUGAGGAGAACCAUCUGAGGAGAACCAUCUGAGGAGAACCAUCUGAGGAGAAUCAUCUGAGGAGAACCAUCUGAGGAGAAUCAUCUGAGGAGGACCAUCUGAGGAGAACCAUCUGAGGAGGACCAUCUGAGGAGAACCAUCUGAGGAGAACCAUCUGAGGAGGACCAUCUGAGGAGAAUCAUCUGAGGAGAACCAUCUGAGGAGAACCAUCUGAGGAGAAUCAUCUGAGGAGAACCAUCUAAGGAGAACCAUCUGAGGAGAAUCAUCUCUGCAGGACACAGAGGUAUUUCUUCUCAGUGACACUAAAGAUGAGUUCUGGAUUAAUUUUUGGAUUUGAAAUCGAAGUGGACGUGAACAUUUUGAAUGUCUUACUUUUCCUGCUGCUCAGUAUAAACACUUCAACACACACACACACACACACACACACACACACACACACACACACACACACACACACACACACACACACACACACACACACACACACACACACACACACACACACACUCCUAUUUUCCCUCUUGAAGAUCAUUGCUGAAGACAAGGUGCCUCAUGGAACAGUUUUACAAAAUGUCCGAAAGCCUACGACUCUCUUCUGGCGCUUUGAAGAGUCUCUGUCGACGUGUACAAUUAUUCCUGUGAUUAGUAUAAAAAAAGUAGAUCAAAUAUGCAAUGAUUUAUAUUUUAAUUUAUUUUUGCUCAAGUGCUGUGUGUUGUAAAGGAUGCAAUAAAGUGUUUUAAAUGUG